CAUCCAAAUGCACAGGACAUAAGGUGUCAGAUCCUACAGGCCGAUCUACAGCGCUAACCAUCCGCACACGAUUUUUGCGGCCCAUCGAGCCUUACGUGCUCAAGGCUGAACAAUUGAAGACAGUAAUUCAGCAUCACAAACCUCGCAAAUAUUGACAAUGUCGGCACUCGUCCUCCCGAACGAUUUGCCCCCUCCUCCGGAGCCCAUCACGGUCGAACAAGCAAUACGUGAUCUCCUUUCACUGGUGUCCCGCAUCAGGCAAAGACUACAUGCUCUGAUCAACUACUACAUUUAUCCAGAUCUCACACCAACCGCGGUCUCCGAAUAUGAUCCGAGGCUGCACAUUUUGCAAGACCGACUUCAAGCACUCUCAAGGUUGUCCUAUCAGAAGCUCCCCUACAUCAUCGGCAAGUCCGAUGACAUUACUGGCUACUACCUGAACCAAGUCGCGGAGCAGAUGCAAAACUCUGUUCGCGGCAUCGAACGAAUCUUCACCAGUCAUUACAACCCGGACCUCGAAGACCCGUUCAGAGCUAUCUGGGAGGGUCUGACCUACAAAAAGUCUCAAAUCGCGGAGUUGGGAAGGCGCAGCCCGAGUAACCCUCGUCGGCUCCGGGCGGAAGACAUGCGGCCAAAUGAGCUGGGGAAUUUCUGUAACGGUGCGUUGCAGAUUAGUAAUGGAAUUGACAGAGGACGAAUCUCCUUCGUGGAAACAAGGGAAUUGACUGAAGACAAUCGCCGGAAACUCAGGGUUUCUGGGGGCGCCUUUCUGGCCUGGCAAUGUCCCGAGUGCUCUUACAGGGUUCGCUAUCAUGUCACCAGCAGUAAUACGUCGAAUAUCCACCACACCGACGAAAUCCGCCGACAUAACGGUCUCGCGAUCCAGUAUCGAAGCAAAUUCCUGGCGCGCUCUCACCUAUACCUCCCGCCACCAGGGACAACAACAACAAGGGUAAUUAAUAGGAGACGGCGAAACUCCAAUGUAUUGAUACCCCCGCGAUUCAAGUACGGUUGCAUUUUCUGCUUCGCGUUCGGUUACGAUCUAUUGCACGACCGCAGAGCCUUUACAACUCCCCAGGCACUUGCCGAGCACAUUGUAUUGUGCCAUAGGAGGUCCACGCUACCGACGAUGUUGCUGCACCUCUACGCAGUUGCAAUUGACGACAAGAUGGACGAGCCUCAUAAGAAAUGGGAGGUGAAUCUACUGUGAUCGUUUUACCGAUCAUCGUAGGCCCAUGUUGAGGAGAAGUCG